UCACUCACACACUCAUCAGCUCGCUUGCUCUCACUCUGGCUUUUUCUCCUCUGCGGCUCUGCCACUUAACCACCUCCCUCCGUAACAAACCAACCGCUCCUCGUUUCGCUCCCGUCCCUUCCCUCCUCCUCCUCCCGCUCGUCUUGCUCCCGCGACCAGGAGCGACCGAUCCGCCGCCGCCGCCUCCCUCCGCAAUGGGGAACCCGCCGGAGCUGUACCACCGGAUCCUCAACAUCCCCAGGGAGACGUCGCCGCAGGAAAUCCGGGCGGCGUACAAGAGCCUCGUCAAGAAAUGGCACCCCGACAAACACCCGCCGUCGUCCAAGCCCGAGGCCGAGGCACGCUUCAAGGCCAUCACCGAGGCCUACGAGGCGCUGCUUGACCAGCAGGAGAACAGGGCGGUAUUCGGGGUGUGCAACGACGGCCGGGCGGGCGAGCGGGCCACGGCGUGCGACGUCGGCGUCGUCGGCGUUGGCGUAGGUGCGCACAUCGCGAGGACGCGCAGCGACGACUUUGGCGCGAGGAUUGGGGCGCCCGGGACGCCGGCGAGGGAGUUCAAGAAGGUGUACAGCUCCGGAAACUCCGGCGGGCGGCGCGCGUUCGCCGAGUUCUCCAGCUCCAUCAUGCGCAAGGCGCCGCCGCUGGAGCGCAAGCUCGAGUGCACCCUCGAGGAGCUCUGCCUUGGCUGCAAGAAGGAGGUCAAGUUCACCCGCGACGUCGUCACCAAGAACGGGUCAAUCGUCAAGAAGGAGGUGAGCCAGAUGGUCCUGGUGAAACCGGGGUGGAAGAAAGGGCACAGGGUCACGUUCGAAGGCAUGGGGGACGAGAGGCCAGGGUGCCUGCCUGCCGAUGCCGUCUUCGUCAUCUCCGAGAAGAAGCACCCUGUCUUCAAGAGGGUAGGCAACGACCUGGUGCUGAAGGCCGAGGUGCCACUGGUGAGCGCGCUCACCGGCUGGUCCUUCUCGUUCAGGCUCCUCAGCCGCAGGAAGGUGAGCUGCUCGUUCCAGGACGAGGUCAUCUGCCCGGGGUACGAGAAGGUCAUCAAGGGGGAAGGGAUGCCCAUCGCUGACCAGAGAGGAGCACGGGGCGAUCUGAGGGUGAAGUUCGAGAUCGCCUUCCCGAAGCAGCUGACCGACGAGCAACGCGAGGGCCUCGCUGACAUUCUGAAGGGCUGUGCCUGGGAUUGAGUUUUGUAAUGCAAGGUUCAAAUGUAUGAAAAAAAUUUCUCAGCCUUGUGUUAAAAACACUCAGUGUGAGUACAUAAUGAGAGACGUCCUUGUACAUACAGGUAUAAUAUAUGAUGAUGAAAACCGAGUCUUCUUCUGUGGAUAGUACUACAUGCUUUUCCAGAUGAGCUGUAUUGCGUUUUAUUUUGAUGAGAUUUGGCGCACCUCUGUUUUGUCCA